UCUCGUCGGGCGCAAUCGCAGCCAAUGGACACCAGUCAAUCGGUCAUGCUAGAUGAAGAGCAUGUUUCUGUAACUGGUGAAGGCGACGAGCUCAUGGAGGAGGUAGAAGACCAGGAAGGAUACACAUCAUCGACACCUACUUCAACACUUUCGUGGAUCUGUUGGUUUUGCUCAUUGCCUGGGCAUGAUUACUUUUGCGAGGUGGCCGAAGACUUCAUCGAAGAUGACUUUAAUCUGACGGGGCUCAGUACGAUGGUGCCAUUUUGGAAGGAGGCAAUGGAGAUGGUGCUGGACGUCGAGCCUGAUGAGGAUUCGACCAAGAUACCAGAUGUAUCUAUCGUCGAAGCUUCCGCUGAGUUGCUUUACGGUUUGGUACAUCAGCGUUUCAUACUCACGCGAGCGGGGCUCCAAGCAAUGGCGGAGAAGUACGAGACCGGGAUAUUCGGGUCGUGUCCACGCGUGUAUUGCAUGGGAUGUAACGUCGUGCCGUGCGGACGAUCGAAUCAACCCGGACUAGACACCGUCAAGUUGUACUGUCCAAAUUGUAACGAUAUCUAUAUUCCACCGAGCAGCCGAUUCCAGGGAGUUGAUGGCGCGUUCUUUGGGACAACAUUUGCGCAUCUCUUCUUCCAAAGCUACCGUGACCUCAUGCCUGCACCAUUCUGGAAACCUUCUUUGAGUUUAGGCUCGAUCUCUCCUGGUCGUUCUCCACAAAGCUCUACCAACAACUCCUCGCAGGCUCCGCCUUUCGUAAAUCCGAAUGGCAAUGGUGGACAAAGGCGUGCCGCAGGGAAGGUGUACACGGCCAAGAUUUACGGAUUCCGUGUCAGCGAGAGGGCAAAGAAUGGGCCGCGAAUGCAGUGGAUGAGGUUGCGACCCGAAUCACCUGAACAAUUGGACGAUGUGGAUUGGAGAGGACGAUGGAUCGAUGAUGAUGACGAUCAGUACGAAGAUGAGGAAGAGGAGCAUGCACAGGAUCGGCGCAUGGAAGAUUUCGAUCCAGACCAUGUCGCGGGGGAAGAUGACGACGAAGAGGAAGAAGAAGAAGAAGAGGAGGAGGCUGGUAAUGCUCCCACAGGCUCCCGACGGCACCCUCCAGAAUCGAUUCCCAAGACCUCUCCACCGACUACCACUCUCCGACUGUCAGCUCCCACAAGCGACAGCAUUGUUCGUGCGACAGCUGCCUCACUACCCUCCUUGAAGUCAGGGUCGAGAGUGAAGGUGGUACGUCAAAGCGUCCAACGGCCUAUGGUCUCUGUUUGAUGUGCUCUUUUACUACUGGCGAGUAACAAAACCCUUGUGUUUGUUCAUUAUUAUAUUUUUUCUCCUUUCUACAACAAGGGAUAUAGAAGGGCUGGAUGUAGAGGUAUCCGUUGCUGGCUGAUUGUUCAUCUGUUCUUCACCAUCUCAUUCGCACCCAAGCUGUCUCAUAUCUCAGUAUCUCAUGUGCACGCCUCAUCAAUGGAUUAUGUAGCCAUGAAUACUUAUACCCACGUCGUGCACUCGCAUACAUGGGGUCGGAGAUCUGGGAUCCAUCC